UGAACACAGAAGCUGUAGAUGGAGGAACAAGAACAUUGUGUAUAAUACAAAAGUACCCACUACGUAAUGGGGUCCAGUAAAUGUCAGGUUCCUUAGAAUUUAGAGACUGGUUUGUUUGGGGUUGUAGGGAAAAGGGCAAGCGAAUAUGUCCCUGUUUUUUCUUGCAUUUUCUGUCUUCAUUUAUCUAUUUUUUUUCUUGGUCUCUCUAUCUUUCUAACUCCAGGGAAGCCUCACCACCCACCUUCCCCGCCCCAGGAUGACCUAUCAUGCUCCUUCAGGACCUCGAUACAGGGCGUUUCCAUCUUAAGCUAACCCUGGACUCUGCCUGCAUCUAGCUUAGAGCAGAGGACACACCAACCCUGAAGAGUGCGAGGCAAGCUCAGAACCGUUGGACUUGAAGAUGGCCCCUUUUCUAACCAAUAAGGAGCUGAUUUCUGCGGGAAUAAAAGAAUUUAAUGUUCUGCUGAAUCAGCAGGUCUUUGAUGACCCCCUUAUCCCUGAAGAAAACAUGGUGACUAUGGUGGAUGACUGGGUGAACUUGUACACCAACUAUUACAAGAAGCAGAUUCUUGGGGAGCAGCAGGAACAAGACAAAGCUCUUCAAGAACUCCAGCAAGAGCUGAGUACUUUGGGGAGCCAGUUUCUGACCAAAUAUAGGACCUUUCUGAAGUCCCGAGAACCCCCAAACAGCACACCGCCUUCCUCAUAGCCUAAAGGCUCAUGGUAUCUCAUCUAAGAACCCUGAAGUCUUGGCUCUGGGUUAUGUCUUCAGACUGUUCUCUCAUGGUGUUGCUGGACCUUGA